AUGGGAACCUUGUUUCUGAACCAAAUUAAGAAGCAGGCAUCUUCUUUUCUGCAAGAGAAGUAUAAAUUUGCUAGGCUGGUCUUGACUGAUGUCACUGAUGCACAACUGUUGGCGGAGGAAGCCACAAAUACUGAAUCAUGUGGUCCCGAUGCCAAAACAAUGACCAGAAUAGCCGAUGCAUCCUUUGAUAUUGAUGAUUGUUGGAGGAUAGUUGAUGUUCUUCACAUGAGAUUGCAUGGCAUUGAUUGGAAGCAGUGGUGGCAAUCCUACAAAUCUUUGGUUUUGCUUGAAUUCUUACUAACUCAUGGCCCAGAAAAUUUUGCUGAGGAAUUUACAUGUCACGCCCUUAUCAUUCGAGAGCUUGGAACAUUUCAACACAUAGAUGAGAAAGGCUUCAACUGGGGAGCUAGCAUGCAAAAAUCAGAGAGGGUGCUAAAACUUCUAGCAGAAGGAGAAACUCUCAGAAAUGCACGUCUCAAAUCUCUCAAAAUAACAAAAGAAAUAGAAGGAUUUGGGAACUUAAUAGUUUCACCUUCUUCCUCAUCCUCUAAAAAAUCAAAAACUUUGCCUUUUGGAUCUGGACCAUAUUCCCCCUCUAGCUCUACCUAUAACGAAGUGGAUGAACAUACCAAGAGAUUGCCUUUGGAGGGAUGUCAGGGAUAUCUGGCUUAUGUGAAAGAGGUACCAAAAGGGGAAAUAAAGCUGGAGGAUAUCCCAAUAGUGAAGGAUUUUCCUGACGUAUUUCCAGAAAUAUGGUGGGAUUGCCUCCUUAUUAAGAAGUUGAGUUUGUGA